CCCCGUAUCUUAUUCCAAUGUGAACGAGGCACCGAUGGAGCCCCCUGGACCCCCGAAACGCGAGUGAACGCAGUUAAAUGAUCAGGCCACUAGGUGGAGGUAGAUGUCAUAUUGACUUUGACCACAAGGAGGUUUUUCCAUUAGUCUUGACAGAGACUGUGAAGGAUUAACAUGUCAUAUUUACAUAACACUAGCAGUAAACAAUUUGUAGUCAUAACUUUCCCUGCGUUGACUGCACUGGCUGUAUUUGAUAUGAAAUAGAAUUAGGCAGACGGUGUCGUUUAUUUUAUUCUUACUGUUGUAAGAAGGCAGCAAGGAAAAACACAUAUUUCUUUGCUUUCAUCAGAGCAGAGUGAAUGCAGAGUUGUGAAAGAGAGAGUGUCUUUGAUAUUCAAGCAGAACGUUUUUUAACAGGCUCUUACCCUCCUUCUACGCCAGGGUGAAUCAGGGCCCAAGGGAGGGAAAAGACAGGUUUGUAGAACUAGGCUACUGCCUCACAUUUCUGCUACACUACGCAUGUUACGUCAAUAUGAAGUUCUACCUUCCACACGGAAACCAAUGUGACGUUCUACCUGCCAAACGGAAACCAAUGUGACCAAUGUGAUGUUCUAGCUGCAACACGGAAACCAAUGUGACGUUCUACCUGCCAAACGGAAACCAAUGUGACCAAUGUGAUGUUCUAGCUGCAACACGGAAACCAAUGUGAUGGUCUACCUGCCAAACGGAAACCAAUGUGAUGUUCUAGCUGCAACACGGAAACCAAUGUGAUGUUCUACCUGCCAAACGGAAACUAUGUGACGUUUUACCUCCCACAUUGAAACCAGUGUGACGCUCUACCUGCCACACAGAAACUAUGUGACCAAUGUGAUGUUCUAGCUGCCACAUGGAAACCAAUGUGAACAAUGUGAUGUUCUAGCUGCAACACGGAAACCAAUGUGACGUUCUACCUCCCACAAGGAAACCAAUGUGACGUUCUACCUCCCACAAGGAAACCAAUGUGACGUUCUACCUGCCAAACGGAAACCAAUGUGAACAAUGUGAUGUUCUAGCUGCCAUAAGGAAACCAAUGUGACGUUCUACCUCCCACAUGAAGACCAAUGUGAUGUUCUACCUGCCACAAGGAAUCCAAUCUGACCAAUGUGAUGUUCUACCUGCCACAAGGAAACCAAUGUGACCAAUGUGAUGUUCUACCUGCCACAAGGAAACCAAUGUGACCAAUGUGACGUUCUACCUGCCACAAGGAAACCAAUGUGACGUUCUACCUCCCACAUGAAGACCAAUGUGAUGUUCUACCUGCCACAAGGAAACCAAUGUGACAUUCUAUCUCCCACACGGAAAACAGCGUGACAUUCUACCUGCCACACGGAAACUAUGUGACCAAUGUGAUGUUCUAGUUGCCACACAGAACCCAAAGUGAUGUUCUAGAUGCCACAUGGAAAGCAAUGUGAUGUUCUACCUGCCACAAGGAAACCAAUGUGACGUUCUACCUCCCACAAAGAAACCAAUGUGAUGUUCUACCUGCCACAAGGAAACCAAUGUGACGUUCUACCUCCCACAGGGAAACCAAUGUGACCAAUGUGAUGUUCUACCUACCACAAGGAAAGCAAUGUGACCAAUGUGAUGUUCUACCUGCCACAAGGAAAGCAAUGUGACCAAUGUGAUGUUCUACCUGCCACAAGGAAACCAAUGUGACAUUCUACCUCCCACAUGGAGACCAAUGUGAUGUUCUACCUCCCACAUGAAGACCAAUGUGACAUUCUACCUCCCACACGGAGACCAAUGUGAUGUUCUACCUGCCACAAGGAGACCAAUGUGAUGUUAUACCUCCCACACGGAGACCAAUGUGAUGUUCUACCUCCCACAAGGAAACCAAUAUGACAAAUGUGACUUUCUACUUGCCACACGGAAAUGAAUGUGACGUUUUACCUCAUGGUUAUCAGAAAGGCAGUUGGUGACCAUAUUUCUCCUCAGGGUCUUCGGAAAGACACCACGGGGACAUUGGCGUCAGAGGCACCAACUGGAAGAAAGGGGACAUGGGAUACAGGGGGGCACUGGCCUGUUGGGAUAUCCCGUCGAGAACGGUUUGCCUUGGCAACCGGGAACACCAGGCUACCCUGGGAAACCUGUGAGUUUUCUCUAAAUUCACCCUGUCCGUUUCUCCAUACCUUUGCCAUCCAGGCGCCAACCGUCUUACCCAUUGUGGCCUUAUCUGUGUCUUACAGGGGAAGCCUCCCUCUGACAACCACUUGAUGAAGCUCUGCAGGGUUGUGUUGCAGAAUCAGCUACCCCAGCUGCUGCAGCCACUAGCCUCUCCGAGCAGGUGUGAGCCAUGUGAGACAGUGAAGGGACCCCCGGGACAGCUACCCCAGCUGCUGCAGCCACUAGCCUCUCCGAGGAGGUGUGAGCCAUGCAAGACAGUGAAGAGACCCCCGGGACAGCCAGGGCUCAAAGGUUUCAUCGGGACCCCGGGUAGAACUGGCUCACCAGGAUACCCAGGGUCCCCUGGCUUGCAGUGGCCCCUGGGAGUCAAAGGUGACACUGGGCCAAGAGGAAGGUCCGGAAAUACCGGGGAAACGAGGGUCGUCAGGACUACCAGGAGUUUGUGACAUGUCUUCGUGCUAUCAGGACUACAAUCUCAGGAACAACACCUACACCAACACCAACACCAACACCAACACCUAGGCCGGCGUGUGUGUGUGUGUAUUUAUAGCUACUUUUCCUGGGGUCCAGCAAAAUGAAGGCAGUUGGUGGGGGUGCCAUGUAUGUAACAGCCAUUUUGCUCCCGUAGUACAGUAACACCUGAAGGUGCAUUAAAAGCCCUUUUCUGCUUUAAGACAUAUGGGAGUCCACAUUGCUAUUCAGUUAUACUGAGACUUAUGUGUGGUGUUAUUUUAUAAAUAUAUAUUAUAUAUACUGUAUAUAUACAGUUGAAGUCGUAAA